ACCGAUAGGCGGGAGUCGGUCAUUGUGUGCGUCACACGGAUAUAUGGAAGGCAUUUAUGCCGUUGCUUGUACAACUUUACUGUGUCCAAAUGCACGGCGUCCAAUUGAACCGUGUACAAGUUUCAGUGUCCAAAUGAACGGUGUCCAUUUGCACGGUGUCCAAUUGUACUGUGUCCAAGUGCACUACUCCCCGCGCUAGCGCAUACGGCAGUGGGUAGCGCGCUCGAGUCCCCCCCCCCCCACUCUGCCUAAAGCUGCGCGAAGCGUGGUCGUUCUCCCCGUGAACGCAGUAGUCGGCUCAAAACCGACUAUACUGCGAUUCGACAAUUUUGAGCAAAUUGUAGUUUGCUUAGGCAUGGACAGAGCUGGGAUAAAACUUUGAGCUGUUCAUUUCCAGGUAGCAAGCACACGUCAUUGUGACGUUUCAAAUUGGUAAUUUUUGGUUAUAUGUCGUCAAACUGACCGAUUUUUAACCUAACCAUAUAUUGACGUCAAGAAGGGAGUCCAAUUCGGAUCGUCGUACGAGACGGAUCAGAACUAGAAAGUGUUGUCUGAUGCAGGUUGUGCAGAGGCGGUGUAUUUAGAGAGAGAGUGAAAGCUAGUGCAAAGAGUUUUAUAUUCAGAGCCUUUCUCGUGAGAUUGAUUUGAAAUGUCCGCGGUUCCCCCGAUCGGACGGGGGAACAGAUUCAACUCGUACGAGAAGAAAAGUAGGAAAAGCUAGCGGAGGAAGAAGUAAAGAAUCAAGCGGUAUGCCAGUUAUGGGGAACAAGAAGAAAAGUCCAGUAGUGCAGAAAAUCGAGGUUGAAAAGAAGGCCUCAAAUAAGUCGGGAGAUCCAAUAAGUUUGAAGAGUGAAGAGUUGGUUCAGAAGAAGCCGAUGGUCUCGAGUGCUCAGGAAGAUCAAGAUGAAUCACGAGGGUCCCGAGAAGAGAUAUGGAUGUGGUGGAUUCAAAUCUUGUGUUAGAGAUGAGUCAAGAGUUAGUUGGUGAGAUGGAAGGACAUGAUGGCGACGUGUUGUUAGCUAGAGGUAACACGGCGACAAAUAGCGACAAGGUCAGAGAUAAAUCAACAACAGAUUGUUACGUUGUUAUUGACGGGUCAUUGUGGAACGUUCAGGACGUUGAUGCGCAAACGUUAGAUAGACUAAAGGGGCUCGAUAUUCAGCAGUUAGAUAAACAAAAAGAAGGUAACAUCAAAAUUAAACUCAAAAUAUCGGCAGAACAUGCGGCUUCGAAUAAAGGUAAAAAUUUAUUUAAAAUGUUGUCAUGGUGUAGUAAGAAUCAGGUCGUUCCAAGUAAUGCGGAAAUGUUAAAAUUUAAUUUAGCUCUUCUUACAUUUAACAAAGUUAUAGAAGCGAAAGAGUGUUUAGUUAAGGUUAAUUCUUUGAAUGAUAAAUGGCUUGUUGGUAUUAUAGAUAAGAGAUUAUUUUCCUGCAAGGGUGUAAUCGCCGACUGGCCUUACGAUAUUCCAGAACUUUGGAAAAACAUGGUGGACAAGGACAAGGAUGAUAUUAUUAAAAUUGAAAGAAUGAAGAGGAGGAUCUGGAAUAAGCAAACAAAUAAAGGCAGAAAAGCUAGUGUUUGGUAAACACGAUGAAUCAAGCAUGCGAUACGAUAGAUAUACGAAUCAUAAUGCCUGGCCGGCAUUAGGUCUUUCCAAGAGAAAUAAGCAGAAUAUACAGGAGGAUAAAUCGGAUCCGGUAAGUGAAACUCGGUUCGUUCACUACAAUAACAGAUUUGAUCGAAGGAAUACGAAUUAUGAAAGAGAAAACGUACGACAUAGGAAA